CCCCUUGGGGACACCUUGGGGACAUCAGGGACCAUUCUGGGGACACCAAGGACCCUCCUGGGGACACUUUGGGGACAUCAGGGACACCUUUGGGGUGGUUGUGGUGGCCUUGGGGACAUCGGGCAGCCCCUUGGGGACAUCGGGGUCCCUUUUGGGGACAAUUCAGGGACGUUGGGGACCCUUUUGGGGACACUUUGGGGACAUCAGGGACCCUUGGGGACACCAAGGACCCUUUGGGGACAUCAGGGACCACUUGGGGACAUCGAGGACCCCUUUAACGGUACUUUGACCUUAGGCCCCGCCCUCUGAAUCCGCAGCCAAUCAGCGCUUCCCUGGCGGAGCGCACCAGCCAAUAGCAGCGCGGGAGGGGCGGGACUGCCGUUACCAUGGGAACCGGCGCGUUUGGUCUCCAUAGCAACAUGCAAAUACACUUCCGGGUUCUCGUUCCCGCCCUCUGCCGCGCUCAGCCAAUCGGCGCUCGCGGAGCGCGGCGGGUCAGCCAAUGGGAGCGCGGCGAGGGGCCGGGAGCAGCGUUGUCAUGGGGAUGAGCAAGGGCGGUCGCCAUGGCAACGGGGGCGGCCGGGCCUGAGGCGGAAACGGCUGGAAAAGAUCGCGAUGGCCGAACCCCGCCUGGCUCCUCCCAGUUCCUCCCAGUGCUCCCAGUUUGCUCCCAGUUCCUCCCAGUGCUCCCAGUUACCCCCUCCCAGUUCCUCCCAGUGCUCCCAGUUACCCCCUCCCAGUUUGGGGGGGCUCAUCCCCCCCUCCCACUUCGUGCUGCGCUCCAGGCCGCUGGGGGCGUGGCUUGAUGGAGAAAAUGGGCGUGGCCACGACCUGGAGGCGGAGCUUAAAGCGCUGAGGGGGCGGUGCCAAGCGCUGGAGGCGGAGCUGAGAGCAGAAAAGGGGCGGAGCCAAGCGCUGGAGGCGGAGCUGAGAGCAGAAAAGGGGCGGAGCCAAGCGCUGGAGGCAGAGCUGAGAGCAGAAAAGGGGCGGAGCCAAGCGCUAGAGGCGGAGCUGAGAGCAGAAAAGGGGCGGAGCCAAGCGCUGGAGGCAGAGCUUAGAGCAGAAAAGGGGCGGAGCCAAACCCUGGAGGCAGAGCUUGAGGCAGAAAAGGGGCGGAGCCAAAUCCUGGAGGAGGAGCUGGAAGUGUGGAGGGGGCGGGGCCUGGGAGCUGAGGGGGCGGAGCCAAACCCGGAACAGGUGCUGCUGUCCCGCUGGAGGCUGAAGGGGGACGCGGUGGUGGCCACGGUGGCCUCGGUGGCCCUGGUGGCCUUGGUGGCUCCAGUGGCCUUGGUGACCUUGGUGGCCUCGGUGGCCCUGGUGGCCUUGGUGGCCCUGGUGGCUCCAGUGGCCUUGGUGACCUUGGUGGCCCCAGUGGCCGUACGGUGGCCGAGCGGUGCCAAAAAGCCAUCGAGGACAUCCCGAGGCUGCUGCGGGGACAAUGAUGUCUUUACAGUGACGUCAUUGCCGUGA